ACCGAACAAAACGCUUCGACGAGACUGUGUGUGUGUCAGGUUCUUUUUAUUUCUUGAUUCUCAAGCCGUUCCCAACGCUACUGGUGAUGGACUAUCGUUGUUUUCAGCGUCCAGUCACCCGACAGUCAGGGACAUGAAGAAUUUAUCUCCAGGGAAAUAAGCUAUCACGCAACCAUGGGCACCUUUUCAGAGAAAGGUGCUGGACAGCUGUGCUACUCUUCUGGCUUGUCCAAGACUUCCACAAGCUGCGAGCAGGGCAGAUGGGAUCUGCAGUCUCGAAGCGCAUUGUUACGUUGUAACCCUGGGAGCAAGGUAAGGGAAUGUAGGAGCCAGAGUAAGCAAAGGCCAACUGUAACUUACCUACAGCCUAUUUUUAUAUGUUGCCACAGAAGCCUCCAGUGUGCUUCAACCUCCCAGUAUAAAUCAUUUUACUUCAGGAGUUGCAGUUUCCACAGGAGAACAAAACAAACUUUAGCUUUUUGUAGUGCUUGCCUCAAAAAAUGUUGCCAUGCUUGAAAAAAAAAAAAAUUUGUGUGGUAAUUUGGUACAUUUUUUGGCAUUGUGGGCUCAAGUUUUAAAAGUGGCAAUUUGCCUUGCAGGCGGCCUUACUACACUGCGGAAGAAUAUCUGCCGAUAACAGUCUUCCUCGUUGGAACCCUGAGAAGCUGCUGUUGACCACCCACCUCACUCGUUUUAGAAUUAGAAGUGGACGCGAACAGCCGAGAUUACAUCGUCCCGUCGUUUUAAUUGAAGUCUUUAUGCCCGUUUUAUGCAGCUGUGUGACAUGUCAAUUUACCACGAUAGGUGUGUUCCGUGAGACCUUUCCAACCAAGUCCGACAGGAGUUCCACAGUCGAGGGGAUUAGCUGCAAUAACGGAGGACGUUGAGGUAGUUUGUUCUGCAGUGUCUGUGGCUAUUAUAUACACCUUGUGUGAAGAUUCUAAAGCUCUUUUGCAGCAUUUGGUGUGCUCGGAAGAGCCCUUUUGCACCUAUUGUAACUAACUUGUCCAUUGUGAAGCAUGCAGCUGAGGUUGCCAAAGCAGAAACCUUGUGGUAGAGGUGAAAUAUGUGUGAAUGUUCAUUCUUGAGUUGCGCUGUAUACUAGACUAGAAGCAGUCUGUGCCUAGCUUAGGAAACGGUCGAGGCGAGUUUCAUCAAAUGUGUAUUGGAAAAGUGUGCAAUGUAGCAACAGAAGACAGGGUUUUGUUGAUAGCCUGUAUAUUCAUAAGGACAGAAGAGACAGAGUUUAGAUAGCCUGUUACGCUUCGAAAGGCCCUACACUUGGUAGCAUCUCAAGAAGAGAAAGCAUGUUUUGCACAAAGUUUGUGUGCUGCACAAAACAGUUCUUACAAGACUUGGUUGACAGACAAAAAGUAUGCCUUUUGCAUUCAAGAAGUGUGAAUUUUGGUUAUAUAAACAAAACACUGAUCUUAAAUGUGCAUGCAUGUAUCUUAAUUCUCUAAGUAAAAAGAGAAAUUUGUAACACUCUGCAAGGAGCUAAACAAGGUUUUUGAGGUAAAAAUGAGUAUUGUUUUUUACGUUUCCAGAGCAACCUUCCCAAAAUCGGGUAUUUCGAUAUAAUGAAUCAUUACCGUAGGCAGUGUGGUCUGAACUUUAGUUGAAGCAUAGUUACGAAGUUGCGUACUCGCAGAAACAUUUUGCGAUACGUGCUACUUGGGAUCUGCACUUUCAUGUGAGAUAGUCGAGGAUAAGAAAAUGACCUCUGCAUAUUUUCCAAUGGCAGUAAUGUCCCCACCCCCGCCGCACCCUUCUUCGAGGCGCGUACAAAAGUUGCGAGCGCCGAACGUUUGCGUCCAAGACUGGACACUUUUGAACCCGAGUCGCAGCGUUCCACAACCCACCGAGCGACGCAUCUUCUUCCCCGCAGCUCCACAACACGCGCCCUUUUCCACGGAGGCUCGCACCGAGGACGCCGCAGUCCGGUGCACCCUGUGCAAGUACAAGACCAAGGACAAGAGCCUGAUGGUCCGCCACCAGCGCAUCCACUCGGGCGAACGGCCGCACCAGUGCCACCUAUGUCCCAAGGCCUUCACCCAGCGGGGCAACCUGAUGACGCACCUCAAGUACCACUCGGGCGAGAAACCUUUCAAGUGCAACUACUGCCCCAAGGCGUUCACCACCAAGGCGGACUGGGUGAUUCACGAACGGAUCCACACGGGCGACCGGCCCUACAAGUGCAAGCUGUGCCCGAUGACGUUCACCGCCAGCUCGCACCUGGUGGUCCACUGCCGGCGCCACGAGGGCGACAGGCCCCACCUCUGCUCCCGCUGCCGGCUGUCGUUCCGCGAGCGAUCCGAGCUCGACGCUCACGCGGUUACUCACACGGAUUUCACGGAUCCAGUAUCUAGAUCACUGACUGUAGAAUCCUGCAAAAAAAACCUCGCCCAUAAUCCGAAACCCGUUUUCUUCUACCCAGUUGACGCCCGCUACAACACGCGGGGGUUUCACGUCGCCGCGAUCCAGGGCGCUCCCCGCAGCGACGAGCGGCCGCUGUUACGCUGCCAGCACUGCCCCGCCGUCUUCCUCCAGAGGGGCCGUCUGCUCAGCCAUGUGCGGAUGCACACGGGUGAAAAACCCUUCAGGUGCUCGCUCUGCCCGAUGGCAUACUCCGAGCGGAGCAGCCUCACAACGCACAUGCGCGCUCACACCGGGGAGCGUCCCUUUGAGUGCUGCGUCUGCCACAAGGCGUUCAGCCGCAGCCAGAUCCUGAUGAUCCACUUCAGGACCCACACGGGAGAGCGACCGUACAGGUGCCACCUGUGCCCGCGGAGCUUCGUUCAGCGCCACACGCUGACGAUGCACAUUCGGACGCACACCGGCGAGCGGCCGUACCGGUGCGACGUGUGCGCCAAAGCGUUCGCCAGGAAGCGCCAGCUGGUCAUGCACAUGGCGGCACACAUCACGGGAGGCUGCGAUCCUUUGCAAACAAGUUAGGAGGACUGCUGCAUUAUCGCGGACUGUUUCAAAAAAAGGUGUCAGUCCGUUGUCGUGAAUCAACGGUCGCAAACGGACCUUUUCCACAGUUUAGCGCCAUCUAGUGGCUCAAAAUAAGGCAGGCUCACACAUUUGCAUUUGAGUGCGUCGGAGCGAAUUGCGUUCCCUUGUAACUGCUUAUGGCGACAGAACGGAAUGGUACAUCAGGUAGCCCUAAACGGUCUCAGUCCGCAUAUAUAUUUACAUUUUUUUAUUCAUACUUUUUUUUUUUUUAUUGGGGACUCGAAAUAGUUCUGACAAUGGUAUAAGCGACCUCUCGCAGGUAGUGCGUCAAUUUGGUCUCGCAAACACUGCAAAACCUUCAGUUCAGUUAUAUGCGGUUCCAGGGCCGCUUGAUGGCUGGCACCGAUGCGCCAGUCUGUUUUCUCAUCGUAAGCGGUUAAAAGAAAACGCGGAGCACUCGAGUACUUUCCAACGCAAAUGUGUGAGCCAGCCUUUCCGUUGUAGCUUUAGCCAUACUAAAGGGGGCUGUGAAAAACAUAGCCUUUCGUCGAACAUCACCGGCCAACAGGAAUACAUCUUUUAUUAGUUUCCAAUUCCGACGGUGGCAAAAAUUAAACCAGUCUGUACGAGUUGUCAACCUGAGUAUGUGCCAAUGGAUCCAUCUGUUUAUUUAUUUAGUGUCCACAAACAGUCGCACCCUAAAUACUAAUAUAUGCAAAGUUACAAAAACAAAAUUUAAACACAGUACAACCGAAGGGCCAGGGCACUGUUAAAAGCGUGCUGGCUCCUAUAAAUGUUUAAAGCAGCACUGGGCAUGCUCAAACUGUUCUCACUGAUUCUACCUCCAUUGGAUACAAGCAUUGACACGGUGCUCUAAUCCGAUUCGUAUGUUGUGAGUUCCAACGUCUCAAAUGCACUGGCCUCGAGUCGUCCGCUUGGAUCAGCCUUCAGCCAUCAGUUUCCAGAAUGCCGCCACUAGUAUGGCAUGCACACCAUGGCCUCCAAUGAUGGCAGCGAUUAAAGUGGCCAUACUGUAUUCCUGGGAAGGUCUGUGACAUACUGGCGGUUUGAGAGAAAAGAGAACUGGGUUUUUCUCACUGCAGAAAUGAACCAUGCAUUUCCAAAUGCUCAGUCUCUCCCAAAAUUUAGUUCUAUCGGUUGAGAUCAGGUACCAAAAUUUUGGAGCUUUUUGUUUGUUUGACUUAAAAGUUGCGAGCAAUUUUCGAAAAUUUUCAAUUACAAAUGGGGCACAUUCUUGGCAGCGGACGCCAUUCAUCUCCACGUAUUUUCAGGCUUUGUUUUUCUCGUAAAAAUUUUAGAAAAUCGCUUAUAACGUUUCAAUUGGGUGACAGCAACCACUACUCUGGCAUCUGAUCUGUACUGCUAGCGCUACAUUUGGGUAGGGUCCGAGCAUGGGGCAAUGCAUAGUUUUUUUGUUUUGUUUUGUUUUUUGCAAUGAAAAAAAAAAAACACUUUUACUUUUCUCCCAAACACUCGGUAUAUAAAGAGCAAAGUGUUGUUGUUGUCUUUUGGAUAUCCAAACCUUAAUUAGUUUUCUGGCUUCUGCGGUGCCCUGUUUCUUUGAGCAUAUUUAAUCUUGGAAGCUUGUAAGAUGCCCAAGCACCAUCAGAACUAUACUCCGCGACAACUUUUCUUGGCAAUGAUGUGGAAGGUACAGGCCCGCAUCCCCUCUCCCAUUUUGAGUGUGCGCGGGCUCUCCUCCUCUCCCCGGAAAUGGGGGAGGAGGAGAGCCUUCGUACACUCAAAAUGGGAGAGGGAACGCGGGCCUGUACCUUCCACUGCAUUGCCAAGAAAAGUUGUCGCGGAGUAUAGCCAGCAGUAGAUUAAAAGGCCACCUCGUGUCCUUCUAGCGGUAACUAUAGAUCCUUUUUAUUAUUUUGCUCUAUUUCUAGGGUGGCUUCGAGAUUUUUCGGGAAAAGAAGUAUUCAAUUAUGGCACAGUUUCAGCAUAUGUUCGACUUUGCUUGACUUCAAAAGAACAGUCAAUAAGUAAAAUGACUCUAGAGAGAGUGAGCAAGCAACUGUAGAGUAAGUGAUCUGAUAUAAAGGCACCGUGGGGCUCCCCAAGAGUGGGGAAACAAAAUGAAAAGGGGGUUCAAUAUGGUAGGCUUCUGUCGCACUAAAAAACGUUUAGAACAAGGAAAUCGAAAAAGAGGAUAAACGCAACCUCUUAACGCAACCACAGCUCUUUAUUUCCAGUCUGCUCUUUUCAGUUUGUUGGCUUUUCAUGCCGAGAUGGUUAUUUUACAUGGAUGCAACCAUACACAUUAAAUCAAGAAGCGGCGGCUAUGAUUGGGUAGAUCAGGAUGAAAGGGCUGGCUGAAUGCAAUUCGUCUCCCCGUCGAUGCGAUGUGCUAUGGUGACAUUCUUGUAGACACAGCCAUUAAGACUUUGAGUAAAGAGAACUCAGUUGUGUAUGUAUUCACUAUGGAAUAAAAAAUUUGUUUUCGGACAAA